UAAUGUGAAUAUGGUGUAUGACAAAAUUACCUAUCCAAUUAGGUGAAAAAAAUUUCAACCCUCCAUUUUUGACAUGUAUGUAAAUGCAUUAAUUACAUGGUGGGUGAAAUUGCCUAUAAAUAGGUUUCCAUCCAUGUAAAUUUCACAAUUGAAAAUACUCAUCAAAGAAGUAAAAUUCCUCCUAAAUAUUUGCUCUCUUGUUGCAUUAUUGAGUGAUCACUAAUUAUUAAUUAGUUUAGUCUAUAAGCAUUAUCUAUAUUAUCGUUAAGUUUAUAACACGUUAUCAGCACGAUCGUUCUAUUAGUUUACGAUUCCCUAAUCCAAGAAAAUUCGGUAAAGUAUUUCAAAGUUUAAUCAUGUCAAACCUUACAAAGCUUGAAUUUACGGCACUUGAUGUAUCUGGAAAAAAUUAUCUGUCAUGGAUACUAGAUGCAAAAAUACAUCUGCAAGCCUCAGGUCAUGAGGACACUAUUAAAGAGGGAAAUAAUGCCUCUACUCAAGAUCGUGCAAAAGCAAUGAUCUUCCUUCGCCAUCAUCUUGAUGAAGGAUUAAAAAAUGAAUAUCUCAGUGAAGAUAAUCCACUUGUUCUCUGGAAUAGUUUAAAAGAACGCUUCGACCAUCAAAAGACUGUAAUUCUUCCAAAAGCUCGUUAUGACUGGAUGCAUUUAAGAUUGCAGGAUUUUAAAAGUGUUAGUGAAUACAAUUCUGCAAUAUUCCGAAUUAGCUCAAAGCUAAAAUUGUGUGGAGAAACAAUUACUGAUGAAGAUUUAUUAGAAAAAACAUUUUCCACUUUUCAUGCAUCUAAUGUGGUACUCCAGCAGCAGUAUCGUGAGAAAGGCUUUAAGAAAUAUUCAGAGCUGAUUUCUUGCCUUCUAGUGGCUGAGCAGAAUAACGAGCUGUUAAUGAAAAAUCAUGCGGCACGACCCACUGGUUCUGCUCCAUUUCCUGAAGUAAAUGCGAGCGCAUAUAGAUCUCCUCGUGGUCGUGGUCGUGGUCGUGGCCAUGGUCGUGGUCGUGGUCAUGGUUAUGGUCGAGGUGGAAAUAAUUACAACCAUAUCGGUCAUAAUAACUCCUUUAAGCAUAAGAUUCACCACCAGAAGUGGGAUAAGAAAGAGGAGAAACAAGAAAACAAGAACAGUGGACAAUACAAACAUCAAGUGAAAAAUGUCGAUAGUAAAUGUUAUCGAUGUGGCAUGACUGGGCAUUGGUCGCGUACCUGUCGUACGCCCAAACAUCUUGUUGAGCUUUACCAAGCUUCCCUCAAGGAAAAUGGAAAGAAUAUAGAAACAAAUUUUGUUUCUGAUGAUGAUUUUGACCACAGUCUGAUGCAUAAUGACUCUAUAGACAUGACACAUUUAGAUGUUUCUGAUUUUCUUGAGAACAAUAAUAAUGAAAACUAAUCCAGCAUGUAUUGUAAUAUUUUUAUUUACUUA